AUGCUCCAUAAAGCAACUUUGCUUAUUUUAAUCGUAAUCAUAUACAAGUGCCAGCAAGCUCCAAGUCCAGAUGCAGUAAUGAGUGGACGUGAUUCUCAUGUGUAUUCAAGUCCUCCGAUUACUAGCUUUGGAGCCAAUAAUUCCGUGUGCAACUUACCGAAAUUUCCAGGAUCAUGUCGAAGUAUGAUGCCAAGGUUCUACUAUGACAUAGAUCAGAAAAAAUGCUUAGUAUUCACUUACGGUGGAUGCAGUGCCAAUGGAAAUAACUUUGAAACUUUAGCAAAAUGUAAUGAAGUUUGUGGUGGACUUGCAAGGACUUGA